AUGAAGAUCCUCGCCAGUGUGUUCCUGGCCAUCAGUGCCAUUGGGGCCAAUGGUCUCGUCCAGCCCAGCGGACGGGUGGCUCCUCCCAGCCGCACUGCCUUGCACGCCUUUCGUCAGAACUACAUGGAGCAGAAUGUUGGUAUGAACCAGAAUGUUGGUAUGAACCAGAAUGUUGGUAUGAACCGCAAUAAUAAUAAUUUUGUGGAGCGGGACAAUGGUAUGUACAACAGCCGCGGAGGAGCGUAUGAUCGCUACCGCUAUGGAGAAGGGCAACAAGGCCAACAAGGACAGGCUCAGUGGUACCGUGAAAACGACCAACGUUCUUUCAAUGAAGACAUGUACAGCAUGAAUGACCGCCGGGGAGGAGCUGGCGGUGGUUUGACUGCCAGUGGCGGCGGUGACUCCCGUUACGAGCGAUACAACCCAAUUCGUCACAGCAAGAACGGCGAACCUAACAAUUUUGUGGAGCACGGCCGCAACCCUAAUGCACCACAACACGGCCGCAACCCCAAUGAACGCGAUUAUCAUUAUGAUGUGGCUCCAGGCCAGCGCAAUAAUAAUAAUCGCUUCUACAAUGAAAACCGUCAAGGCCUCAAUGACAACCGUCGCGGUGGCCGUGAGCAGUUUCAACAAGAACGAGGCAUUGGCGGCGACAAUGUGCAGCUCUACAAUCGCAAUGUUCACCGAACCAACGGCGAGAGCCGUCGUGAUCGCGGUGAUCCCUUUUACGGAGAGAAUCCUCAAGAUCGCAGCAUGCGAGAUGGACGACGUCAGCAGCCGCAAAACUUUGAUCGUCGCGGCGGUCGUGGCGGCCCUCCUCAUCUGGGGGAGCAGCCUGGCCGCGGUGGUCUCAUGUCGGACAAUGAAUUGCGCGAACGCGGCGUACGUGCUGCCGAUUCCGAAGGUGGUUUUGGAUGGCAGAAUGUGGCCAAGAAAGGCGGUCUCAACUCCGGGUUCGAUUUGUACGCGGACAACUGGUGGGAGGGCAGCCAAGGCAGCCAAAGCAAGCCUGGUGGCCGUCGCAACAAUAACGACUCGUAUGAUGGUCAUGUGAAUGCUGGACGCAGAACCACCCUCGAGCGCUACGAUGCUGGACGCAUGCAACCAGGACAGAAUGCCCAAAUGGGAGGAGGACGAGGAGGAAGAGAGCCCAGACGUUUUGAAGAACCCUUCAGGCCUGGUGAUCGCAAUUUGAUGGGAGAAGACUACAGCUAUGGUCCUCGUUACCUUAGUGGUGGCAAAUUGGAAAGAUUCUCCUUUGAGCCUUCGGUUUCCAAUGUCUUGGUCGAAUUGUGGAGUGAAGGCUUGCCCAUCCAGGCAACUGUGGAGGUCUUGUCGCAAGAGGGUGGCAAACGCCGUCAAUCCUUCCCAGUCUACGUGGAGGAUGGAUACAACCGUCCUUACUCCACUGUUCUUGACUUGGGAUAUGGCGGUGGCACUAUUCUCAUCCGCAACGAUGGACCUGUUGAGUAUCCCAUUACUGCCAAUGCCCAGCCUCAAGGAAGAAAGGAACUACCCCCCGCGGGAGGUGGCGGCCGAGCCUGGAACGCAGAGGGACCACGUGGAGGUGGAAAUGGAGGAUGGUAA